AAAAUGACUUGCCUCUGCCUGGGUCCUAAGCGUUCUGGAAAAACGCAUUUAUUAAAAGCCUUGCAAGAUUUUAAAAAUGUCGAUUUUACAACUUAUUCAAUGCCAACAAUAGGAACAAGCAUUUACACAAUUAAAUUUCCUAAAAAAACACCACCUCCAACAAAAACAACCGAAACCAAAGUGAUUCCUAAAAAGAAGAAGGACCCGAAGACAUGCAUUGAUAUAAUUGAAAUUGGUGGAUCGAUGGCUCCAAUGUGGAAUAAAUUUUUCAGCAAUGUCAAGAAAAUUAUUUACGUUGUCGAUACGUCAAAUUUGUGUCAAAUUUCUGCAGCAGGUGUUCUUCUUUAUUCUAUCCUUGCUGAGCCAAAGUUGCAAAAGACCAAAUUUCUACUUGUUCUAACCAAAAUGGAUUAUGCUUAUCGUCAAAUGCGUAAUGAAGCUUUGCUUAUGAUGCAAAUGUCAAAAUUGCAGAAAGAAAUUAGUCAAAGUUUGACAAUAGUUGAAGUGAGCUCAAUAACUAAGGAUGGAUUCGAUAAAGUUUAUGAAUGGUUGGAAAAAAGCUAAAAGGUUGCGAAAUGUACUCAAGGGCUUCCUUAAUGGUUUCCAGACCAAAAUCAAUACUUUUAACUCUUUUUUAUUGAAAGCUUGUUUUCUCGGAAGCUUCG